AUGUCGUUCAUAUUGAAUGAAGAAGCCAAACUGAGGCGCGGAGAGACUUACUCUCGCGCGACGACCCUCCGCGGAGCAGAUGGCACAGAGGCGCUCGUGCCGAUCAACCCGCAGGAGGUUAGCGAGGCUAUGCAGCGGUUCGACGUCUUUAGUCCCGAUGAAAGGCAUACGCGAGUCGAUGAGAUUCUAGAAAAAUACGUCGAGUCUCGCGGCCCACUGAGCGCUCUCCAGUCGGUACGAAGCUUGGAUGGUGAAAGCAGUCCUGACCCGUGUGCGCCGGAAUGA